AUGAUAGUUCCUUGUCAGUUGCUUGAAGAUACUUUAGAAGAGCGGUUAGAGAAGGGUCUGCUUUGUGAUUCAGAAAAGAUGGAGGGAGAAACCAAAGAGCGGGAAUUGGAAGAAUCCAAGAAAAGAUCAAUGGAGGGGGGAAAGCAAGGGGCUUCAGUCAAAAAGUCCAAAAAGGACAAAGUUGUUGGUGCAACAGUGAAAGCUUCUCGGACUGAGGCAAACACAGUAUCUGUGGCACCACGUGUCAAACCAGAGCUCACGUUGCCAAUAAUGUAUCUCUGA